AUGGCGAGCAGGCAGGCAGUUAUGGUGGCGCGUCGACCAGAUGUGCUGCGAGAUGAGAUGCUCUGCCCCAUUCCCCCGGUCAACUGGAAGGAGGAGACGGGAACCCGCCGACUCAACGAGCCAAGCUCCGUUGCAAACUCCGUCCAUCAAGUCUUGUUGGACUGCGAAGCGUGCCCAAUCGCCCCGCAAGACUGGCGAUCGCUCUCUCAGGGUGCCGCACCAGAAAGAGUAGCAGCGUCGCUAGUGCGCAGGACCAAAACGACGGCUUCGACGGGAGGCGACAAAACGGGCGAAAAUGUGAGGGGCAAAGCAGCCACACGUGACAUCACACUUCACCUCGCGGAUGCGCAGCUAACAAAAAUCGGCGCACCCGCGGCUUCAUCCUUUGCCACUCCGACAUACUUCGCGGCGUCGCAAUCCAUCGCGUCCGCGCUCAUGUCCCCUCGCCCUGCCGCGGGCACGCCUUCGUCAUCCACCACGUCAUCCGAGUCUGGCGCGCCUUCAGGCUCUUUGAGUUCUAGCAGCGACAGCAGGAGGAGCAGCCGAAGCAGCAGCAGGAGCUCCGCUUGCGCCGAGGAGGUGCAACUAGAGGUCGCCGUGAAAAGCCCUGAUGCAAAAGCGGCGCACCCGACUUCCCUCGCGCCGUCCUUGUUACUCGCGUCGACGAUUGCGUCCCCCUGUGGCAAGGGCGUGCGUGCGCUUGCGCGUCACACGAGCGAGUACGGCCCGACACGAAAUAGUUCUGAGCAUAGCAACGACGACACUCGCGAGAAUUGCGCCCAAGCCGAGCUGAAACCUAUGGCCACGUCACCAGUCGGCGACUUCUCUUCGCGUGGUUCAAGCUACACUGGCCUCGUGAAGUCCUCGUCCGGGGGUCCAUUUCUCACGCCUCUUUUCCCAUCGUACGCUUCGUCUGUCGCCUCCGUCGCAGCGCCUGUUGCCGCCACUCCGGCGGUUAGUACCUCCGUCGCGCUCAGCGAUCCUUCCGCUUCGCAUGCCGUCUUCAAGCCCGCGUCAACGAGAGCCGUGGACCCUCCUGCGGCGAUAACCGCACGACGCGUCGCCGCGGGCGGCGUGGCGCAGCAGUUCCCGCUUUAUCAGGCCGCGCCGCGGGACGUGUUCGCUGAAACUUUCACUUCCCCGACGGAACAAUCGGCGGUGGCAACAAGCAGCUGUGCUGGCGCAGCAGCGGAGGGAACCUCGGGCAGUAGACGCAGGCGGUUCUCCGAGGCUUCGAGUCGUGAGGAAGCAAUUCGCGCCGGAAUUGAAAUGGGCGUGGUCAUGGGCGUAGGCGUGGAGAUCGGGCAGCGGUACCGCGAGGCUACAGGCAAGGGCGUUGAGGAAGCAGCGGCAGAUGUCCCUGCAGUGAGCUGUGCGGAUUGGUCAGAGCUUAGCCAUCUGUGCGGCAAGAUGGACGCAGCGGGAAUUCGCAUCGAGCAGAUCGACCUCACCACGCUCGGCGACACCGUUGACGACAUCGCCAUCCACUGA